AUGUGGUACAAUAUCUGCCUGUGCAUCAUGGCAGAUUGUUGCAUGGUCCAAAGGUUCCUGGGCUGGAAACAAAGCCUUGCCAGUGGAUGUUCAUCUAUUUUCACACAGGUGGUGGAGAGCAAGGUCACCGUUAAUGGCAAGAGGCUGCAUGUUGAUAUCAAUGGGGAUGAGGCUCAGGAGCUGCCGGCCAGCAAAGGAACCAGUAGCACGCCGCCUAUCCCCCCUCUCAUCUCCUUCAGGGACGUGUCCCUCCUCUCAUCAAUUCAGGCAUUCCAGGGCAAUAAUACCUCCACAUCCCUGCUAUGUGUGGAUGGAACCCCUCAGCCAUGUAACCGUAACACCAAGGUCCUGAGACAAACCAUAUCUCAGGGGAACCCUCCUCUGACUGCACAGUUGUCAUCGCUGUCCUCUGAUGGCAAGGUGGAGCUGAGUUUGGUUUUGCAGCCGGAGGAACAGCACCGUGCUAGAUACCAGACAGAGGGAUCUAGAGGUGCUGUCAAGGAUAGGUCUGGUUUAGGCCAUCCAACAGUGAAGCUUUUUGGGUACAAUAAGGCCACCACACUCCAGGUGUUUGUUGGGUCAGACUCAGGAAAGACCGGGCCACACAUGUUCUACCAAGUGUGUCGUGUUAGUGGCAAGAAUUCCACACCAUGCAAGGAAAGGAGAAUUGAUGGUACUGCAAUCAUUGAAGCACAGUUGGAGCCAGAAAAUGACAUGACAAUGAGUUGUGACUGUGUUGGCAUCCUGAAAGAGAGAAAUGUGGACGUGGAGCACAGAUUCAAAGCUGUUGUUUCAAGAGGCCGCAAGAAGAGUACCAAGUGCCGUCUUGUGUUCCGUACCUGCAUUACCCUCAGCAAUGGUGCUCAAGAAACACUGCAAGUUGUCUCACAGCCAAUUGCAUGUACUCAACCCCCCGGUGUACCUGAGAUCUCACGCAAGUCCCUGGAAAAGUGCCCCGUGACGGGUGGGGAGGAGAUGUUCAUCUUUGGGAAGAACUUUUUGAAGGACACUAUUGUCACUUUCCAACAAAAUGGUGCCAAAUCCCAGCCGAUAUGGGAGGAGAAAGUCAGCCCUGAUCCGGAGACUCUGCAACCUAUCCACCUGAUUGUGACAGUGCCCAAGUAUUAUGACCAGAACAUCACGGAAGAGGUGACUGUGCAGAUGCUGGUGUCAUCAGGUGGUAAAGUGUCGGAGCCCCACUCCCUGACCUAUUAUCCGCUGGUGACCAAGAAGGAACUGCCACCUCCAGAGCCAUUGGAAGAGAAGACUCUACCAAAAGGAGUUUCUCCUAGUGCCUUGCAACUGAAUCUCCAGUAUGCGGAAACAAGAUCGUUGCCUGUGCUGAUGCCAGAAGCUCCAGGUCCGGCUGUGGUCUCUCAGAGCUCACCCAUCAAGAUUUCUCAAGCCUCCACAUCCCCUGUUCCUGGCCCGGCUGUGAUGCAGCAAACAAUGCGUGUAUCAAGGUUCCCUGUCAACUCUGCUGCUGGCAAAAAGCCUAUAAGCCGGCCCCAGAGGUCCUCAGCACGCAUCCCUAAGGGAAAGGUGUCCCCCGGCAGAACUUCCAUGCUGGGGGGAGGUGUGUCAGCUCAGCCAGAGUCAGUGUUAAGCUCUGUUCCGAGUGCUGAGAGCAACGACAUGGAUGUUAAGGAGGAAGAGACAUACAUAGAUGAGAAUGGCUCCAAGAUGACCCUGCAGAAGCAGUCAGUUCAAGGCACAGUCAGCCUAGAGAGCUUAGUUGAGAUGCUGAAGAUUGCACUUUCCCUGCCAUCGGGAUCGAAUCUGCACAACUCUGUUCUGCAGCUGGUUGAAGAGCUGGUGAAGUCCAUGAAGGAAAACAUCUCAUCGCCUGGUGGUGCCAAGACCCCGGAGGAGACUGGUGAAAAGAGCUCUGGAGUGUCGGCCACCUCUCAGAGAAUUUCUGCUGCACUUCCUGUGUCAGCCACACACUGUCUUUCAAGUCUUUUGACGGCCAAGACACAAAAAUCAGCUGGGGUGAGUCCCAUUGUUCCCAUGGUGCCCAAGAGCACCUGUGCCCCCACGGUGAUGCCUCCCUCGACUGCCAUGACUUCAACUGUGUCCCCAACUGUCAGUCUCUUACCUUUCACAGUGUUGUCUUCAAUGCCAUCAUUGCACACAGUCAGCUCAGGCCCCAGAGUGGCCCGUGUGGCUCCCAUCACAUCAAUGACACCUGUUGCUUCCACCACUGUGGUCUCCUCUCCAGGACUUGCAAGAACAGUUCGUGUAUGCGUGGGAGAGACUCCAAUCAGUCAGGAGCCACCAAAAAAGAAAAUGCGUGACCAAAUUGUCCCCAUGGAAUACCAGUACAUGCAGGGAGCAGGUAUUAACUGCAGUCUGCCUACAACUAUUGUAUCACAAGCUGCAGAGAGGGCUGACUUUGCAUCCAUUGUGUCUGCACCACAGCAAAAGGUGGUGGUGAGCCAGUGCAACCCCCUGGUUACACCCAUUUGUACAAAUACCUCUGGCAAUACUCCUGACAGUAACAUUGGCAGUUCUGCUUCUCAGACGAUUUUCAAUACUUCUCCAGUUCAAAACAAUUCUAUCAUUAACCAAGUGAUAAAUGUGGAUCAGCCAAUUGGAAACUCAACACAGCAAGCAGUGUAUCAGCCCAUCAAUCAAGGUCUAAUGCAGACAUUCAAUGAAUCGGCCAACCAACAUGUCAAUCAGUCUAUGGCUAUGGAUGUAACACAAACACUGAUGCCAACACAGACCCAGGCAUGUCAGCCACCAACACAUCAUGCAACACAGAAUGUAUCUCAAACUGAAGCUGACACAGGAUCAAAGAUAGUAGCCCAGCACACCAACCAGCAGCAGCCUCUGAACGGGUCUCCUGCCAUGCCUGUUGUGGUCUCAGAUCCUUUGCUGUCACAAUCAACCGGUCUGUGCCAGCUGAUGCCAACACAGGUGGUUGUGACAGCCACCACAACCUCCCAUCAAGCACCCAUGAUCACCACAGUGCCAGUUGCCUCAUCAGCACUGACAAGAUCAGACCCACUUCUGUCACAGUCGAGCCCAGUGGCACCAAUGCAACUUGGAACGACCACUGUUCCUGUAACCAGUCAGAGUCAACAGACAGACAAUAGAAGCCAGGGGGAAGUACUUCUGAAUCAUAAUGCAACAACCACACAAGCAACAAUGCAGAAUGAAGUUAGUUCAGCUAUCAACCUUUCAGAAACUGAACUUCUCAAUUACUUUGAUCCAAAUUGCUUUGACAAUGUGUGAAGCUGCUUGCUUGAAACAUGCAUAAUUAAUUGGAGAGCAGCCCCUUGGCCAGUGGCCUGACUAUUAAAGGGACCACAGUCUCCAGCAACCUGCAGCCCAACUGCUGCUGGUGUGGGUUGGGUUGGAGGACCUUUCCAGCAGGCUUGACAGCUCAAAGGAGGAUUGACGUCCAGCCUGUUUCAUAAAUGUUGAGGCUUGCUGUGUUCUCAAGCUGUACACAGUAACCAAUGACAAUACUGGUGUGUUUUCAGUGGAUGAUUAAUGAAUGUUUAUGGCAAUAUUGUGGACCAAUUAAUAAAGAUGUUCAGGUCCUGUGUAAGCAGAAAUUGUAUGAUGGAUACCAGACCGAAGAAUAAAACGUUUCUGAUGAUGAUAGGUUAGAACCAAAUUGGUGUAAGAUAUGCACUAAAUAAUUUUACAGUAAUUAGUGUUAUUUUUUGAAAGCAACUUUUAAAAGAAGAAUAAAUGGUAGUCCACUGCAGCCUGAUCACACCUAAAUAGUCUAAUCUGUUUGUUUGUUUUUAGAAGUUUUGAGAAAGGAGUUUAUAGGUUCAGGUAUUAAACUCUCUCUAGAAACUCUAGUUUAUUUAGAACACACAUGAAUGGCUUUUAAGGUUUUAAGGGUUUAUACUGUUAUUUAGAAGACUUAGGUUAAGCCCACAAUAAGCAUUGUUAUUUGAUAUUUUUGGUUGUAACACAGCGUUUCUCUUUCUUGUGUUCAGCCAAGAAAGUCUUGAUUUCCUGGUACUUUCGUUCUUUUCCCUAUCAGUGACUUUAUUUUUUUUUUUCCCUUUUAAUUAUUCAUUGAUAUUCAAUGUGACUUAAAUUAGGCAUAGUAUAUGAACUAAUUUAUUUGAUAACUACAUGCUCAAAAUGAGAAAUGACAGCCUCAUUUGUUGUAUCAAGAUUCAUUAAGAAUUAUCACUUUUGUUCGUUGUUAGCUGUAAGAGCAAGAUCCAAACAGUGUAGUCUUGUGGCGUUUUAUGUCAUGUGUCUAUUUAGUUUGGAUUCCUUUUUUUCUUUCUUUUCUUUGCCUUUGCUUUUCCCAACUUGUUUUAUUCUUCUUUAUUAUUUUUUUUUCUGUGCAAGUCUCUUUCUCUCAUCUUUCUUCUCAUCCCUCGUUAUUUUCGUACAGCCAUGAAAUUAUCAGUUUCCUCAGUUUCUUCUUCUAUUUUUCCUUAUUCUUCCGUUUUGUCCUCUUCCACACGUGUCAAAAGAGCUUUGGUUGGCGUUUAUGAGAGUAUGUGUUGUUAGUCUUUUGCCUGGUCACGGAAAUCGCUUAGGAUUGCACGAACAACACUUGUGCUUGUGGCUUAAUAAACUUAAAAGAUAAGAAAUAAAUAAGUACUAUGAUUUAAGUACUUGUGAUUUGUACAUAGUUCUAUACUUCAAAAUUAUGUCACAUAUAUAUAUAUGAAUAUAUAUAUAUAAAUAUAUUGUUAUAUGCAAACUUGUGUUUGUAAUCAGAAUUAAAAUAGCUAUAUAUUUGAUUAUUAGUUAAGCUAAAUAAGAGUUAUAAUUAUUAUAUUGUACUUAAGUCUUUUUUCUUUUCUUUUCUUUUGUUUCUUUUCAAAGACAUCACUGUUUGUUAUUUAGCAAGAGUAUUUUCAAAAGUACUGAGAGUCAGCUACAUAUAUUUAGUUUUAAGUAUAUUUUACUAUAGAAUUGCCAUAAUUGUAUGUUAACCCAAUCCUUGUUUAGGUUAAGAAGUGGAAAUCUCACCCUGUCUUGUAAUUUGCAUAUAUAUGUAUGUAUCCACAUGUGCAUAUAUAUGUAUUACUUAGUCCACUGUAAAUGUGUCAGUGCUAACCAUUGAUGAUUCUACACUGCAUUGAGGGUUUGGUUCAGUGGAAAUUUCAGCCCACAACUCCAUUACUGUCUUGAGUCACUAAGUAGGGGCAGUACAAAUUAAUGUUUGUGCAAUAUCUUUUAGAUGUUCAUUUCUUUGCUCUGUACAUAAUGACAUCUGUUGCCAAAGUUGUUAGUAAAUAGGCUGAUUGAAAUGUACCUUUGAAUAACUGUUUUCUUAGGAGAAAUUCUGUUGCAAAAGAAUAUGUGCUAUUGAACAAGGACUUUAUGGCUUAGCAUGUGUAAAUUAGAGAGCCAACUUGCUGUAAAUGCUACUAAUGAGUAUUAUUUUUCCAUAUUUACCCCAGAAGUGCUUAUUUUGAUACAUGAUACAAUUUCAUCACUAUCCAGAGAUGACAGUUGGAUUUUGAGUGUGCUGGUAUUAAAUACAAUUUAGCUGGUACAAUUCUUUUCAUGCUUUUCUUUCUCCAGAAUCUUAUUUUGAUACGUCAGAGGUCCCCCCUAAUGACGACAACUUCUGUGCUCUCUAAGAUUAGACUUUCCAGUAGAUCAGCAGAGUUUUCUUUUCAAGGGCAUAAGGAGGGACUCAAUGUUUUUUGAUCUUCCUAUCCAUUUUUGUUUAAACAUUUCUUGAAAAUGAAAAAAAAAAUGAGAACAGCCCCUUUUUACUUCUCUCUUUUGAGAUAUACGAAAUGGAAUUUUCUAAUUAGACGAGACUGGUCCCUCCAUUGAAAUAUUUUUCAAACUCGUGUCCCUUGAUGAAGGAUACACUUCAUUAAUGCUGGGAAGUGAGGGUUAGAAGGUAAUUUUUAUCAGAAAGACAAUUCUUGUUGCUACCAACUGCAUUUUCAUGGAAGUUAAAAAUAUCUUUGCUUUUGGUCAAAAGACAGACAAUAGAAAAGGCGUGGUACUCUUUCCUUUUUUUAUUUUAUUUUGCUUACAGUUUUAUAUGUAUACAGUUUUUUCUCAAGCUUUUCUGCCAUGGGGAAGCUGGGAAGUAUAUAUAUGUGGACCAACCUAUUUCUAAUAUUCAUCAGUAUUUGUGCUCAUCUUCAUGGUUUCGAUGGAAGACCCCACAGUAUUCAUUUAAUGUUGUGUGGUCAUGUCUUUAGGGAACAUGAUUAAUUUAACCAGAUUUAACAGAUUCUCUCAUCCUUGUAGAUGGGGUUCUACUCAACCUCUUCGUAUGUUUAGAAACUGCCAGUAUAUUGUAGGCAAUUGAAGAGUAGCAUGUAUUUUCCAUGUCUUACAAAUUCAAUCGAAUAUUUAAUUUUUUGGCAUUUUCAACAUUUUGACAGUAGCAUAUUUUCAUAUACUUUUGUAUGGACUAGUAUGGUCAAAGGCUUUUGAAAGCCAUGUUUUAUAGUACACAAGGCAAGAAUGUAAUGGAUGGAUACUGUCACUGUUUGAGGGAAUGUUGAUUCAUGGAAACUGUAUUAUACUGUAAAAGCAUUUUAUUACAGUGACAGAACAUACCAUUAUAGAAGUAAGCAAAGGAGUCAAGUAAGCAGAUUUUAAAUGUUGACAUUGCUGUGUUCAUGCUGAACACCAAUGUCAGGACAGCUGAGGCAACAGGACCAUUGAGUUGGGAACAAUUUAACUUUCUGUGUAAAAAACAAAAACAAAAAAAAUUUAGCUCAAAUGUUCAUAGUCAUUGAGGUUCUAUAUAAAUAUAAUAACAUCCCUUUAGCUUAAUGAAGGCCCAUGAUACAGCACCAGCAAAUUUGAGAUAAUGAUAUGUACAUGGUGUCUGCACAAUCCAGUUACCCUUUGUUUUAACGUUCACAGUCAAAUAGUCACAACAUGCUUGUGAUUGCAUUCUUACGUAAAGAGAUUGUUGGAUGAUUAUGUCACUGAGCAGUCUCAAUUCUAGUGCUACAAAGUUCAGGUGUAUUUCAAAGGCAGUAUUUCAUGUAACUAUGAUAGUUUUGAUAUCCUGUUCACUCUCACUAAGCUUUGCUUUUGUGCUAAAGGAUAAACAGGUAAAUAGGUGCCGAGACAAUAUUCUUUAUGUAAUUCUAGAAAUUUUUACAGGACAUGAAUAUCAGCUAUACAUAGGAAUGCAUUCAGUAUAGUCAUGAAGCUUGUACAAUUAUGUAUUUGGAACAAUAUGCUGCAUCAAAUUAUUUUUUGCCAGAAAUUAGCUAAUAGGACAUACAAAGACACCAUGAACACAUCAGUUUGUGAAAUAAUUCUUUAAAAAAAUAUUAAAAGAAGUAGAUGCAAAUUUUUCAUCAUUAAUUUUUCUUUCUUUUGUUUUUUAUAACAUAUAUUUUUUUAAUAUGUAUAACUUUUGCUUUCCUGGGCACUCCCAUUUGGAUUGUGUUGUGGACCAAAACAGUAGUUGUAGUGUCUUCAUGAACGAUAAAAAAAAAAUUAACAGUUAAUUUCCAGCAGAGUUAAUUUUAAGAAGACAUUAGUAUUAUUUUGUGAAUUCAUUGAAGGCACUGCUUUUUUAAGCUUCUGUUGGUAGUUUCUAUUCAACCAUGCAUAAAUGGCUUUACAGAUAUUGGAUUUGUGCAUUAUAAUUAAUAAAGAAAUGGUUAUAUA